AGUUCACAGUUAAUAGUUCUUGUGUGAAGCUUACUCGCGAUGAGAUACAUCUCUAUCUUCUUCCCUAUUGUAGUACUAGUCGAAGCUGAGAUUAUCCCUGGAUACCCCAUUCGAGGCGCAGCGUUGCAUAUUCUGGCUGGCCCUUCUAACUUCUCCUAUCCUCCGAACUGCUCGAAGACUGCUAAGCCGAAGGAUGUGCCAUACUGUGCUACCGGAGAGCUCGACGUCGGAGUGAAAUCAGCUAUCAAUUUCAACACUUACCUGUUUGAUGUUAAGGACCCCACCGAGACUGUGCUGUUCGGGCUCAAUGUCACUAUUGAUAAGGGCAUCCCGGAAUCCUUCGAAGUUCUAACUGGUGGCCACGCCGCUCCCGGCCUGGUCGAUUUGUUACCAAAACUCAUGCCACGUGUCGUGGAAAUAGCCCCUAUAACCUACACAAGUGGAGGUGGUGCGGGGAAGUACGAUCCAGAGACCAAGAGCUAUUCAGCUGAGUUCAACAUCUCCUUCCGGGCUGGAGUUUAUAUUUUCGGACAGAAGGUCGUCGUGGGGCAACCUCUCAACGGUGUUGGUAAAGCCUGGGCUAAGCCUCAUAACGACAUUGGACUCACCGGAAUUGUGACCAACUCUGCUGGAGACUCGGAGCCCAAACUGAUUUUCAAUCUCACCAAUUCGAUCACUACGGUGAACGGCUCCAUUUUAACGUGGCACGUAUAUAGCGGAAUGAGUAUGAAGAUGAACACGUCCGGGCGUGGCCAGGACUAUACCGACAAAACUUUCGUGAAUAAGAUCAUUCAACUAACACCUCCAAAAUAGCGGUUCGCUCAGCGAACUUCGCU